CCCCCCGGUCCCAGGCUAUAUAAGAGACCUGCGAGCAGAGUCUCCCCUCAAACACACUCGCUGGAUCCGGACUUCGGUGCCGAGAGACGUGGCGAGCACAGCCGCCCCGUUCAGCCGCUCUCCACCCGGGGAGGAGAGGAGGGCAGACGCUCACAAGCUCCACCAAAUACAUUUCUCUGGAAAAGGAGGCGCAAUGAAAGUGCAAUAACAUCCCUGCAGUAGACACCUGUGAGGAGGGCUUUCCAGCUUCUUCUUUUCUUGGGAGCUCCCAGCCUGCACUGCAGCGUCAAGCCAGCAUGUAUCGCUCCACCAAGGGAGCGUCCAAGGCUCGACGGGACCAGAUCAACGCCGAGAUCCGGAACCUGAAGGACUUGUUGCCCAUCUCCGACACGGACAAAGCCCGGCUGUCGUACCUGCACAUCAUGUCUCUGGCCUGCAUGUACACCAGGAAGUCCGUCUUCUUCACUUCAACGGAGGCGGACGGAGCGUCCAGCGAGCGGAGCGCGGGCUUCCUCUCCUUCCGCGAGCUGUCCGACUUGAUGCAGGCGCUGCCGGGCUUCCUGAUGCUGCUGACGGGGGAAGGGAAGCUGGUCUACCUGUCUGACAGCGUCUCCGAGCACCUGGGUCACUCCAUGGUGGACCUGGUGGCGCAGGGGGACAGCGUGUACGACAUCAUCGAUGCCUCGGACCAGCUGACCAUGAGGAACAACCUGUCGAGAUCCACCUCCACCGAGAUGGAUCGCCUAUUCCGCUGUCACUUCAACACCUCCAAGUCGGUGCGCAGGCAGAGCGCUGGGAACAAGCUGGUUCUGAUCCGAGCUCGCUGCCUCUCUGCUCACUCCGCCUCCCCGACCACGACCACCGCGUCCUACUGGUCCUCCAAUCCAGUCUGGGUGUGCUUCUGCUCCCCUUUGGAGCACCAACCCACCCAGUCCGGCGAGUCCAGUGCUCCUCUGGGUGACACCAAUCUAUUCCUGGCCUCCUUUCACUCCCAGCAUGGUCGCGACAUGAGGCUACAGGCCGCCCAGGACAGUGUGAGCGCUUAUCUGGGCUUUGAUGUGGCAGCUUUACGUUCCUGCUCCUGGUACAGCCUCCUACACCCCCAGGAUCUGUCACAUGCUUCUACUCAACACCGUAGCCUGCUGCGAGAGGGAGGAGAGGGCCGGGCUGAGAUGGUGGUGCGCGUACAAGCUCAGGACCAGACGUGGGUUUGGAUCUACAUGGUGCUCCAGCUGCAGCCCGGAGAAAUCCCCAUCAGCAGCAGCAACUACGUCAUCAGCGAGUCGGAGGCUUGGUCCGUGCGUCAGCAGCUGAGCUCCGAGCAGAGUCAGCUCAGCCUGGUUCUCAGCGCCGGCCCCUCCCAACAGGAGGGCGCCGGCCUCCAGUCUCCGGAGACCCUCUCCAGCCCGGACCAGGUCUUCACCCCGGGCAGCAGCGGCCUGUCCGGCCAGUCCUUCGACUUCAGCACGGCGGGCUGCAGCGUGGCGUCCUCCGACGAGCGCGGGAGCUUGGCUGCCGAGGCGGUGCGGCCGGAGGGGGAGCCGCGCUCCAGCAUCUCCUCCCUGGAGGAGGACGCCUUCUUCCAGCCGCCUCCCGUGCGCAGCAGCAGCCCCUCCUCCCCCACCCCGCUCACGGUGGAGACGGUGUCCGACUUGGACUUUUUAACGCAGAACAUCCUCAUGCCGCCCUCCUUUGAGCUGGACCCCCCGCUGCCGUCCCUCCCGCUGCCGCUCCCCCCGGUGCCUACCUCGGCUCAGCAGACCAAGGAGUUUGUGUGCACCCCUCCUUACACCCCCCACAUUGGAGGGGCGAGCUUCCCGUUCGGGGAACCCCUCUUCAGCUUCGACCCCACCGGCACCACCACGCCGCCCCCCUCUGCCACUACAGCCACCGCCACCACCUCCCUUGCCCCCUCUGCGUCAUCCUCGGCGCCUCCCACCACCGCCUCCAGCCCCGCCCCCACCAGCAACCUGUCCACCAAGCUCCCGCUCAGCCUUUCCACCCCCUCCACGGAACUCCUCUUCCCGGUGGAGCCCUGCUGCGGAGCACUGUAUGAAAAACUGCCGCCCACCCCGGACAGCCCCGGAGACGACGACUGCACGGUGAUGACCCUCCCUGAGGUCCGGGGUCCGCUCUAUGUCGACGUACCCUUGGGGCCUCUUCAGUGUCCCCCCGAGGGCCUCCUCACCCCUGAGGCGUCCCCUGGCAAACAGCCCUGCCUCGCCUUCUUCUCCCUGGAGCGGGAGCGUGAGAAGGAGAGGGCGGAGAUCUCCCUCCUGGCCCAGCACAUCAGCUCCUUGGCCGAGGGCUUCUACCUGGACCCGCUCCUGUCCAAACUCUCUCCAAUGUCCCCCUCCUCCUCGCCUCCCUCGCCCUUUCUGUCUUCUGCAGACUCCGCCGACUCGGUCCAAGUGCUGCGGGAGUUUUAUCCCAUCAAAGCGUGGCGAGGUCUGGACAUCUUCAUGGAGGACGACGACUCUCUGUUUGAAGAGAGCGUCCUAGAAACUCUCCUCCAAGACGUCCCUCCUCAGUCCGAACCCUCCAGUCCGGUCUCUCCCCAGACCCCUGUGUGCUGGCACAAGGCCUCCCGGUUUGAGGAGGCGGGCCAAUUCUGUAGCGUCCAAUCGGCGCAAGCUAACUCUGCGGAGGUGUGCGGGGAGACCGAGGUGAGCAUGGAGGAGGAGCAAGCGGAGGAAGCCAUGGAGAUCGAGGCGGCGUCUUCCCCGAUGUCAUCCUGCUCGUCUGUGCCUCCUCUGCUCCUCACCGCCUCGCCGGGGCCCGUCGUCGCCACUAGCGCAUCCUCCACGCCGGCCGUCUCCCCCGCACCCGUCUCCUGCGCCCAGUCCCUCCUGGAGGAGCUGGCCGUCCUGGAGCCCAUGUUUGGGGCAGCUGCCUCCAUCGCCCCUGGUUUAGGGCAACAACCUGAGUUGUAUCAACUCCAGCGUCAUCCAUCGCCACAGUGCUUCCACAAAGAUGGGAGUGGAAGCAUCCCUCCGUUCUAAAAUAAGUCUGUGACUUACUUCAUCGAGUAUGGCAUAUUGUCAUAUUUUGUGGAGACACUUUUACUGCAAAGUAAAACAUAUUUAAGUGUAUAAAUAUACAUAAUGUAUAUACAACUACAUGUCUCCCGGGAACAAAAAAAAUGGCCUUGCUAUUUUUCCCCCAACCAUGAAGCUGGUUACUCCUACACAACAUUCCCACCACAACAACAAUAAGGGCCCCCGACUGACUUGAGUCCUGAGUCCAUGUGGUGUCUCCUGCUUCAGAUACCAGCUCUGAACUCGUUAAGCCUUGUUUGACUUAAGACAUGCAUUUGUAUUCACUCGUAGUGAAAAAGAAAAAAGGUUGUAAACUUGACAAAAAAAAAAAUGUUUUUACAGUUGAAUUUUAGCUUUUUUUUUUUUGCAGCAACGCAAACUCAAAACUCAAAAGAAAAAAAAAAGCUACCAUGAACGCUCUUUGACUUUUUUUCUGAAUCUGAAUCAAUAGCACAUCCAUAUAUCCAUUUUAUAUCGCUUAUCCCUAUCCGGGUUGCGGGGGGUGCUGGAGCCUAUCUCAGCUGCACUCGGGCGGCAGGCGGUGUACACCCUGGACAAGUCGCUAUCUCAUUUUUUUUCCUGAGGGAACUCUCCUGAAGGAAUCAGUAAAGUACUACCUAUCUAUCUCAUCACUAGGACCCACACAGAUAGACAACAUUCACACUCACACACUAGGGGACCAUUUAGUGUGGCCAUUGCCACAAAAUGACCCACUUUUGAAUUUUGAGUUUGCAGCUUGAAACAUUCCAAUGUGCGUCCGCCAUCUGCCUGCCAUCUACCUUCUGUGUGCGAUGUGCAAGCAACCAAGCAUGCGGAGACUCCAAGUUGGUGCCGCUCUCUCCUCGUACUUGUACAUUAAGACUCUGAAUGUUGGACUUUGGUUCGGGGGUUCUGGAUAAUCCGGGCAGCAUCAAUAUUUGCCAUGCUGCGUGCGGCUGCUUAUCAAGAAAAGUGACAUCGCGCCUCCGCGCGGUGCGUGGCGGCUUUAUCGACUUCCACGCCGACGAACGAUUCUUCUUUUUUGAGAGGGGUUAGGGGGCGUUACUCGGGACUAUCAUCCGCCCGAGCCACGCGGCCGGGGGAUGGUACUAUUCCCACGGUGCGGACGCGCUCACGUAGAAUUGUCUACGGUCAAGUAAAGGAUUGAUUCCUACGUUCUAGCUAUUAAUGGCUAACUUAAUAUACGUGUCAAUACUGUGCUGUGUGUGUGCGUGACACUGGAGGAAGCUAUUUUGCAUUACGAGCAAGUUCUUUACAAGAAGGUUGUGCACAUUUGUAUGAAGAAGUUUGUACAUAUGAGAUUUAUAUGAAUACAGAAUGGACAUUGUGGACCAGUGUUCUAUUGUGUUGCUAAUAAGUGUAUUUGAUUGUCCACAAAUGCAUUUAUAAUAAAGUGCACUUAAAGGCCUACUGAAAUGAGAUUUUCUUAUUUAAACAGGGAUAGCAGGUCCAUUCUAUGUGUCAUACUUGAUCAUUUCGCGAUAUUGCCAUAUUUUUGCUGAAAGGAUUUACUAGA